UGAACUGCAGAGCGAGACCCUCUCUCAAAAAAAAACAAGGGGCAUGGCUUCAAUUCCCAGUGCCACAAAACAGAACCAGCUCCCAUACAUCAGGCAUGUUCUUGGAUAAGUUACUCAGCAUCUCUAUGCUGUAGGUUCCUUAAAAUGGGGUCAGUAGCUGGGUUUGGUGGUGAGUUCCUGUAUUCCCAACUCUGGGAGACUGGGGCAGAAGGGUAGUGCGUUCAAGGCCAACCUAGAACAAAGCAAGACCCUGUCUCAAAAAACAGAACAAACAGCAAAAAUUAAGGUGGGGUCAGUAAUUGUUGCCCCCUGGGGUGCUGUUGAGAGGUUCAGUGGUGCCCAGGCAGGCACCACUAAUGCUUGGCCUUCUCUACCCAGAUAGGAAGCCCGCUUCCUACUCUCCCUCUUGCUGAGGUGUGUUGUUUCUCUCUGACCUCAGGUUCCGAGAGGGGGCACCUCCUGUGGCUAGAAGGAGGCUGGAGCGGACGGCAGCUACCCAGCCGCAAGCUGGCAUUGCUGGACCAUGGCAGCCAAGCGCAGGGUGUCCAGGGCCCUGAGCUCUGUGGUCCAGGCUGUGGCCGAGCCAGAGGUGUUCCCCGCUGCCAAGGAGGGGGACUUGGCCAGCGCGGCUGACGGCGAAGACGGCCCCUUGGAGCAGACUGAGUUCUCACAGAAGGCUGCAUCAAGCCCGGUGGCCUUUGCUGGGCAUCUCCGUCUGCCCAGUUACAGGGAUGCUGAGGGCCCGCAGGAGCCCAGUCAGCCCUGGAGGCCAGGUCAGGAGUGGAUAAAGCUAAAAGGAGGCACUGUGGAAGACAAGAUGCCGGUCACCCUGGAGGAUGUGGCAGUGAAAUUCACCCCAGAAGAGUGGGAAUGUCUGGGUGCCAGCCAGAGGGCCCUUCACCAUGACGUUAUGUCCGAAACCUUCAGGAACCUGAUGUCUGUGGCCAAAAUAUUCAUGCUGAAGCCAGGUUUGAUCACCAAGCCUGAGCAAGAAGAGAGACCAAGGAGAGCAGGUCUCCAUUCCCCACACAGAGAAGUGCUCCUUUCAGGAGGCGGGGAGAAGCAGCACCCCGAGGAUCCGAAGCAGCACCCCGAGGAUCUGAGGCAGCACCCUGAGGCUCCGGAAGACCCCGGGGCUGGUGGCGGCAAGAAGGCCCUGGGAGCCCACAGGGGGCCGGGCCAGAGCGCCCGCUCCUCCGCAGACGCCAGCCCGGCGCUCCCGGCCUCCCGGGCGGGGCCGCCCUUCCGCUGCUGCACCUGCGGCAAGGGCUUCAGCAGGAGCUCCUACCUGCACAGCCACCAGUUCGUGCACAGCCCCCGGAGGACCAACGGCUGCGGCCAGUGCGGCAAGCUGUUCCGCAACCCCAAGGCCCUGAGCUACCACCGGCGCAUGCACCUCGGGGAGAGGCCCUUCUGCUGCCCGCUCUGCGACAAGACCUACUGCGACGCCUCGGGGCUCAGCCGGCACCGCCGCGUGCACCUGGGCUACCGGCCGCACUCGUGCCCCGUGUGCGGGAAGGGCUUCCGGGACCGGUCGGAGCUCAAGCGGCACCAGAAGAUCCACCAGAACCAGGCGCCGGCGGCGGGGGACCCCGAGCGCGCC